AUGGGAGCCGAAUCACAUUACAGCGACACCAUUAGAUCGUCCAAGAAAUGCAGCAAGUUGAGGCCGUUGAAGAUAACCGCAGUCGGCGAUGGGAUGGUCGGAAAAACUUGCAUGCUCAUCACCUACACGACCAAGCAAUUUCCUACCGAAUACGUGCCUACCGUAUUCGACAAUUAUGCAGAGAACAUGAUUAUGGAUGGUCAAGAGUACAACAUGUGUCUGUGGGAUACUGCCGGUCAAGAAGAUUACGAAAGACUUAGGCCACUGUCUUAUCCUAAUACGGAUUGUUUUCUACUUUGCUAUUCAGUCGGUAGUCGGAGUUCAUUCGAAAACAUUGCCAGUAAAUGGCAUCCGGAAAUUCAACACCACUGUCCGAAAAUACCUGUGAUAUUGAUCGGUACGAAAACGGAUUUAAGGCUGAGCCAAAACGACUGUAUAACACGGAAAAAGGGCAAGAAAAUGAUGAAAAAGAUCGGGGCCGUCAAGUACCUGGAGUGUUCAGCUCUGACCAACGAAGGGUUGGACACCAUAUUCACGGAAUCGGUCCGCGCGGCCAUCGAAAGGCCAAGAAAAAACUGUUUCGCGUUCCCUUUCAUCCGAUGCUGUAAAUAG